AUGGGCUGGGAGAUUGUUCGAGAACAACACCGUAAUGAGCCUGGCAAAUGGAGUAGGUUAUGGGUAUAUGAGGAUAUCUACAAAGUUUUGACAAAAAUAAAGGGAACAGAAGCAAUUGAAGGUAUAGUGGUUGAUGUAACUCAUUCGAGAGAUAUUCAUGAACGAGGAAUCAUGGGCCUGCAUGGUAAAUCUUUUUCAGCCAUGACCAAUUUAAGGUUACUCAGCAUCAGUAAUGUUCACCUUUCCGAGAACCUCGAAUAUCUCUCAAGUGAGUUACGUAUUUUCGAAUGGAAUGGAUACCCUUUAAAGUCCUUGCCCUUAUGUUUCCACACGGAGAAUCUCUUUGAACUAAUUAUGUGCAACAGCUGCAUUGAAUAUCUUUGGGAGGGCAUGAAGUCCUUUUUGAAGUUGAAAACCAUUAAUCUCAGUCAUUCCUGCAACCUGAUAACAACUCCAGACUUUACUGGGGUUCCAAAUCUUGAGACGCUAGAUCUUGAAGGCUGUACGAAAUUGCGUGAGGUUCACCCAUCUGUUGCAGUUCUCACAAAGCUAACUGUAUUUGUCUUGAAGGAUUGUAGAAAUCUUUCUAGUUUUCCAAGCGAUAUCCAUGGUUUGAAGUCUCUCAAGAUUCUUAAUCUCUGUGGCUGCUUAAAAUUAGACAAGCUGCCUGAAAACAUAGGGGAAGCUGAAUGUUUGGUAGAACUAGAUAUAAGUAGGACGGCAAUAAGACAAGUAUCAUCCUCCAUAGUACAAUUGAAAAGGCUCGACAAACUCUCUCUUCAUGGAUGUAAUGGACAACGACCCGAAACCUGGUUCACUUUCUUCUUGUCAUUGUUGUUACCGAACAAAAAUCCAGAUUCCAUGUGUUUGUUGAUGCCACCUCUCUCAGGUUUAAUUACUCUCAAAAAAUUAAAUCUUAGUGACUGUGAUCUUUUGCAUAUCCCCAAUGAUAUUGGCUCCUUAUGCUCGUUGGAGGUACUGAAUUUAAACAGAAACAACUUUGAUACCUUGCCUCCAAGCAUCAAUCAACUUAUGAAACUUGAUGUUCUUCGCGUGCAAAGUUGCAAGAAGCUUCAGUUAUUGCCAGAGCUUCCACCAGCAAUAGGUGCUCUUUACGCAGAUGAUUGUACUUCACUUGAAAGAAUAUCGCCACCAGAACAGAGCACUUCCUCAUAUACUUUCCUGGCUUUUGAUAAUUGCUUCAAACUGGUUGAGAGUUACGGCAGCCACUUGGCAAUUAUGAUGCUGAAACUUUGGCUCCAGAUACACUCUCCUGGAGCUCGUCCCUUUAUCUCUCCUGGAGCUCGUCCCUUUAUCUUUCGUGGAGCUCGUCCCUUUAUCUCUCAUGGAGCUCAUCCCUUUAUCAUGUAUCUUCCGGGAAGUAAAAUUCCAAAGUGGUUCAUUCAUAAGAGUAAUACUCCUUCAAUAAAAAUCGGAUUGCCUCCACAUUGGCUCAAUAAUAAACUCAUGGGAAUUGCAUUCGCCGAAGUAUUUGAUAUCUCUGAUUUGGUUUAUUGUUACAAAUAUGACCUACAUUUUGAUAAAGGUUCUUUACAUUCCCUUUUCCUCCUCCCUCAUGAUGUCCGCAAGUCUGAUCAUGUUUUGCUGUGGUUUUUCUUACGUGAGCAACUUGACGAAGCAAGUUUCGAAAUAAGUGAUUCUACAUAUGUUCACGCUAAAAUUAGAAUUAAAAAUGGAAAUCCUAAGGUGAAAAGCUUUGGGAUUCAUCUAUUGUACAAAGAAGAUCUGGAAUAUUUUGAUCGUCAUCAUUUGGAGGAACCACCCCAGGUGUAG